CUUUUUUUAUUACCCUUUUUUUAAAUCCCUCCCCCCGCUCCCCCCAUUCACCCGGCUGUGCGUGUGGUGGCGGGGAGGAUGCGCGCCUCCCCCAAGCCGUUCCCCGGCAGCUCCCGCCGCGGCUGCGGGGCGCUGGGGGCCGAGGGGCCGGGGGCGCGCUGGGCCGCACCUGGCGGCACCGCCAUGCCCGGGCUGCGCCCCCUGAUCGCCCCCGCCGCUCCCCGCCGCCCUUCCGUGCCUGAGUCUCCCUUCGCUUGUGUCCAGCAUCGCGCACACACGCACACGCCGUCACGCACGGAGGCACUCACUCACUGACUCUGCCGAGCUGCCCAGACUGCCGAACAGCACAGCGCAGCGCCGCGCAGCCCGCCUGGAGCCCCCUCCCUCCCUCCUUCCUCCCUCCCUCCUUCAAUCCCUCCCUCCCUCUCUCCUCCUCCUCCCUCGCUCCCGCCCGCCCGCCCGCCGCUCUGAAGGAUGCCCGGUCAACAUGUGCAGGCUGUAGCCACUGCAGUAAGCCCUCCAGAACAAGUCGUCCCUGAACAAAAGGCUCAGCGCGUUGUACACCAUUUCAGCAGAGAUGUCUGAUCUUUCCAUCUGCUUACCUGGAGGUGCUUUAUUCCCUGAAUGGUCUUUUCAGUAACCACUAAAGACUUCUUGUGACUGAACACUGGAACAGAUGAGUUAAGUCCUUCUGGAAUGUUCUUCAUCAGACACAGACGUAUUGGACUUUCUGGAUGUGCCUAAGGACACAAAGACUGAAGAAGUCCUGAAGAUUGAUGGAGGGCCAUGCUAUUCAAACAGCAGGCGUUGCUGAGACAGAAGCUCUUUGUGCUAGGCAGCCUUGCUAUUGGAAGUCUCCUAUAUCUAGUUGCCAGAGUUGGGAGUUUGGAUAGACUGCAGCCCCUCUGCCCCAUUGAUGGUCGUUUUGGACCCCGUGGCCAGGACGAAAUCCCCUUGCGAGCCCUGCAGUUCAAGCGAGGUCUGCUCCAUGAAUUUCGGAAGGGCAAUGCCACCAAGGAACAAAUCCGACUGCACAAUCUGGUUCAGCAGCUUCCCAAGGCCAUUAUCAUUGGGGUGCGGAAAGGAGGCACCCGAGCACUACUGGAGAUGCUGAACCUUCACCCCGCAGUGGUCAAAGCUUCUCAAGAGAUUCACUUCUUUGACAAUGAUGAAAACUAUGCCAAGGGAAUUGAGUGGUACCGGAAAAAAAUGCCUUUUUCUUACCCUCAUCAAAUAACAAUUGAGAAAAGCCCCGCGUAUUUUAUCACUGAGGAAGUACCUGAAAGGAUUUACAAAAUGAACUCAUCUAUCAAAUUAUUGAUCAUUGUCAGGGAACCUACCACAAGAGCUAUUUCUGAUUACACUCAGGUGCUGGAAGGCAAGGAAAGAAAGAACAAAACUUACUACAAAUUUGAGAAGCUGGCGAUUGAUCCUAAUACCUGCGAAGUGAACACUAAGUACAAGGCAGUGAGAACCAGCAUCUACACAAAACAUCUGGAGAGGUGGUUAAAAUACUUCCCAAUCGAGCAGUUUCAUAUUGUGGAUGGAGACCGGCUCAUCACAGAACCACUGCCAGAACUCCAGCUGGUUGAGAAGUUCCUAAAUCUUCCUCCGAGGAUAAGUCAGUACAAUUUAUACUUCAAUGCCACCAGAGGGUUUUACUGCUUGCGAUUUAACAUUGUCUUUAACAAGUGCCUGGCGGGUAGCAAGGGACGCAUCCAUCCAGAGGUGGACACCUCUGUCAUUACCAAAUUGCGCAAGUUCUUCCAUCCUUUUAAUCAAAAAUUUUACCAGAUCACGGGGAGGACAUUUAACUGGCCCUAAACUAAACUUCAUACAACAUUUUCUGUUGCACCUGAGGCAUGUAAUAGGAUGCCUCCGCUGAAAUAUGCACUUUUCAUAGAUACGACUAGCAAAGUAACUUUUUUCAUGCAUACGUGUACAUAAUGCAGUGUGUGACCAAAUAUACGGUGGGAUCGAAUUUUUCUACAGAGUAGUAACUAACAUAAAUUUACUGUCAAUAUAGUUGCAUCUUUUAAGAUAUAAUAAUAAAGGGAAAGGAAGUAUUUAGGGAAACAAAGUCAGACACUGUUAAAAGGGUCAGUGUUCCUCUCGCUUAGUGAAGUGUUUAUGUGACAUACUUAUUGAUCUAAGCAGAACAUUAUUUUAUGCCAUAAAAAUUCUUGUUAAAAGUCUGUAAAGCUGUGGGAAAGCUUAAUCUUGAGGCUAUAUUUGAUAUGUGUAUUGCUAAAGGAAUACUGACACUUUAAACAGAGUGCUGAAUUUUUACAAUGAGAGUGAAUAGUACUAUUUUCUUAUUAUUUUAAAUUAAUAUCUUAUCUCAUACAAACUACAUUGUUUUAGAGUUCCUGUGGUGAGUUUGCACUAUUGUUUUAUUGUAUGGACCAUAGUGUCACUUGUAGCAUGUCAAUCAUGUGUCAAGAAAAGGUCAAACAAUUUUUUCUUCUAUACUUGUGUGUCAGCAAAGCUAAACAUGGUGUACAUAGUGUACAAUGUUUGUAAAUACUGGUUUCACACUAAGUAAUUCUAUUUUGUAAACUGAAUAUGGCUAUUUAAUUUAUUGUGAAAAUUAAAUUUAUUGUGGUAUUUAAAAAUGGAAUGGAUUAAAAUUACCUAUAUGUGCAA